ACUGAACCCGCUGUCUCACUUUCUUCAUCUUCCUUUUUCUGUUAGUUAAGACUAGCCCCAUCUUCCCACCUUGUCCCUUCUUCUUUUCUUCCAUUACACUCUUCAAUAUUUACUCCACCAGUCCACCACAUCCUCAUGGGAAACAACUGUUGUACUUCUGGCUCUAAGAAAUUAACUCCGACCCGGGAAAUGGAGUUCGAUUCCAACACUCGCUCCAAGAAGAAAUUACUUCCCACUCCAGAAACGGUGCCCUUCGACUCCAUCAAGAUCAAGCCGCCGUCUCCGCCCUCUAACACAGCCCCCAUGGUCAAGUUGUACGGCUCCCCCACCAGUUCUAUCACCGCUUAUGCUCGUUUUGCACUUCUCUACAAGUCUGUUUCUCCUCAGUUUAUUGCUUCUAAUAUGGAAACCACUGUGCAAAUCUGCGCCGGUUUUGACUCUGCCACUGGAGAUAGGGAAACGUUACUACGUUUCGUGGAGAGUAGGUUUCCCCAACCUCCAUUGACGGAGGUCACGGUGAUACGAGAUGAUUACCGGGAGAAGGUUUAUGAUGACGUGACGUCGCCGGUUAUCGUGAGGGUGGUGGUGCUGCAGCACAAGAGUGUGAGGUGGCACUUGGAGAGGAUGGUGAGGUGGGCGAAGGAUCUGGCGCAGCGCGGCGGGAAGAAGGCGGUGGAUCCGGCGGUGGGGAGUCCAAAAAUGGAGAUGAAGAAGUUCGGCAAUAGCUACUCGCAGCUGCUAGACUUCUUGUUGGAACACGCCCAAAUGGAGGAGAGAGUUGUGUUUCCGCUGCUGGAAAUGGCUGAUCGAGGACUUUGCAAGGCUGUAAAUGAAGAACAUGCAAAACACCUUCCCAUAAUGAAUGGAAUCAAAGAAGACAUCAAAUCCAUUGGAGUUUUAGAUUCCGGAACCCUGAUUUAUCAAGAAGCUCUUUACAACCUUUCCACUCGCCUCAAAUCCCUGCUGGGGCAUUGUAAAGAGCACUUUGAGGAGGAAGAAAGGGAUUUACUGCCAUUGGUACAAGCCACUGAGCUGAGCAAAGAGCAACAGAAGAAAAUUCUGGUUCAGUGUGUGAAUACAAUGCAGGGGACUCACUCACAUUUGUUUAAAGUUUUCCUUGAAGGACUUCUCCCUCAGGAAGCUAUGCUGUAUCUCGAUUUGAUCACCGAUGCAGUUGCCAAGAACCAACUGUCUCCAUCUUACUUAUGAUUGAUCGAUGGAGUAUUUAGAUUUAGCGUGAAUGAACUUUGUUGUGUUAAUACUGGGGUUUAGGGUUUAACUAGAAAUGUAAAACUUGCACCAUUAAUGGUUUACAGAUUACAAGAGUUCAUCAAUAUUAUAUAUGGAUGGAAGCUGAAUGAUUUUCUGGAAUUGAAGAGAGAAAGCUUAUAUAUAUAAUUUGCAGGGCAUGUUAUGAGUAUUUUGUAAUAGAAGACAGAAAAAAUGUGUAAGAGAAUAUUUGUUAGGUACAAAGAAAGUGGUAUUUUAUGAUGAAUAAAGAUUGGUGGUGGAAUUUUUCA